AUGGGGAAUGUGGAUGACCCAUAUGGUAAAGUUAUGAUUUCAAGUAUCCAUCAUCCAUUCACUUCAACAAGCUCAGAUCUUAGAGAUAGCUCUAAAUCAAGUGUGAGGAACUUUUGGACAAGCAAUGGCAAGGUGUUUUCCGUAAGUCGGUUGCUGUCCCAGACACUUUAUGGCAAGGAGAACCUAACCACCCUGGACCUGAACUAUGAUGAGUCAGAACCCUACUCCAAACAGGCACUUUGGGACUGGUUCCACAACUCCACCAACCUUCACAUUGCUCGUUCCCGGGCCAAGAGGAGACCCAUCGUUAAAACAGGCAAGUUCAAAAAGAUGUUUGGCUGGGGUGACUUCCACUCCAACAUCAAGACAGUCAAGCUCAAUCUGCUGAUCACUGGAAAGAUCGUAGACCAUGGCAAUGGCACAUUUAGUGUCUACUUCCGACAUAAUGCCACAGGCCAGGGCAACGUGUCAGUAGGACUGGUUCCUCCAACCAAGGCUGUGGAGUUCAAGCCGCAUCAGCAGCAACAGUCAACUCGCGAGCCAAAAGACAUCAAGUUGUUCAACUGCAGAGUGGAGUACGAGAAGGUGGAGAAAGGCACUAGGAACUCGCUGUGCGCACACGACCCUUCACAGAGUUGCCCUCAGGAACAGACCCAGAGCCAUGUGUCCUGGCUAUGUUCCAAGCCCUUCAAAGUCAUUUGCAUAUACAUUGCCUUCUACAGCACCGACUACAAGCUAGUGCAGAAAGUGUGUCCUGACUACAACUACCACAGUGAUACUCCCUACCGCCCUACUGGGUGA